AUGGCAUCUACGGUAGUUGAGUUUAUGGCUGCGGAGGCAGAGGAGGAUAAGGUAGCAAUUGUCAAUCGAAAAGUAGAAAAUCUCACUGCAAUUAGCAGUCUUAUUGCAGAGCUUGGUCCAUAUAUAGAUGGCGAGGCUUCUAUGGAAGAUUGUCAGAAAGGAUUGGAGUUUUUGUUACUUGUACUACAAAGUGUCGACCCCGGAAAGCUCUCAAGGCAUGAUCUGAGCGCUCUUGUUGAGUAUUUGACAAAUCGGGUGUCUCAGGCUGGAGAGGUUCAGAUAUACCGAGCUGGUCUCCUGGAAAUUGCUAAAUCUUUGACCACCAUUGCAAAGAUGCCCAGAUUUAUUAAAUCAAAUGCACCUGAGAUAGCGUCGGCAGUUUUCCGUCUUCCGGACAACAAGCAGUCUCUAAAUGACUUCCCUCAUUCUACGCGAUUAAGUCUACUGAAUCUCCUCCAAUGUCUGCUAGAAGCAUAUUCGACAGCACUUCAAUCCUCGCUUGGAAGCAAGUUUGUUGAUGGCAUGGCUUCCAUGGCAGCAAUUGAGAGAAAUCCAUCUUGUAUACUUGCUAUUUUCAAAAUUUAUAGUCAAUUAGGCAAAAGUUGGGAUAUAAACUCUGAUGAAGCUGAAACUUUGUUUGGAUCGUUCUUCCGUUAUUUUCCCAUUACAACUACUAAAUCAGCAACGCCCUUGAAGCCAGAGGAGGAUCUAAAACGUGGUCUUUUGAACUGUUUGAUAUCAAACGAUAAAUAUGCACCUUUUGUUUUCCCAGCACUCUUCCAGAAAUUAGACUCCGAAAGCGUUAGAGCAGAUAUAAAGAUUGAUGUAUUCGAUUCCAUGCUUGAAUGCAUACGAAAUUACACCAAUGUUUCGGUGUUUUCAGUCACAAUAUGGGACACUUUGAAAUGGGAGGUCUGGAACGGCGAAAAUGAUGACUUUAUCAAUCGUUCUAUAGAAAACAUUGCUGCGAUUGCCGGCAGACUUGACCAACAAUCCUCUAGCAACGAAGACGAUAACGUCGAGUUGGAGAAAUUUGUCAACUAUGUCACUCAGGAAUGCAUUACAAUCUUCACCGAUGAUACAAAGAAGCGUAUGGUUUUACCGUGUACUCGUAUUUUGGGCAAAAUUUCGAGCACAUCUCCUCAAGCUUUUACACUUACUUCUCGCAAUACUCUACCAACCCUUUUCACCUUAUGGCAAGGGCUAGAUACUAUAGCCGACAAAACGCGAUUGCUCGAGUCAUUUAAUAUUAUUCUCGAAACACGUGCAAACAUCUCACAUUCAUCCACUCAAACUAUCGAGGAUGCAUACAUGGCUAAACAAUUGGCCGUCAUGGAUGCAAAUUUUGAUAGCUUCCGCGAAAGCUUCAUAGAACUUUACUUUGGCGCCACCUCCGUGUCUUCAAGUGAUCUCGAAUUAAAGAUAGCCACCACUAAAGGACUUACACUUUUGGCAUCAAUUCGCAAUGAUUCCGUCAACCGUCCAUUUUUGAAUUCUUUCGAACAAGGAACAAUCAUUGAAAAGCUCAACGAAACAGCGUUCAAUUUGAAAGAGGCGGAUGAUCUUCGAGCUUUGGCUGUGGCUUCAUUGUCCACUUUAUCGGUUCGAUAUCCAGACACGUUUAUCAACAUCACACUCCCCAAUUUUAUUGGCAAACUUCCAGAUCAAUUAGAAACCGAGCAUGGUGAUGAGUCUGACUUAUCUAAAGUAGUCUGGCUCCUAGAUUCACUUGUGGAUAUUGCGUGCAAGUCGACUUGCCAGCGCGAGUUAGAAACUCCCGACUCUGAAGACAAGACUCACUUCAAAUUCAGACUGUUUAAGGCUUUACAAUCCGAAUUUGUCAUGAAAUUUACACAUCAUAUUUGUAAAUUUGCAAAUCAAAAAUCCUAUCAGCUGGCCCUUUUAGCCGCAAUAUAUCGAGGAUUACAGGUUUUUGACGAUGCACUUGCCAAUGAUACAACGGCGGGUGAACUUUUUUCAAGCAGUAAUGGUAUCAUCGAUCCCUAUGCUUUCAUCGCAAUUGCACUAUUUAAGCGAGUCAUUGGUCUCUUUCAGCAUGAGACUGGUGAUUUGAAAGGCAGUUGGUUUGUAGGUAUCUCCGAGGUUAACAAGGGAGAAUACUUCGAAGAUUCCGUUGUUGCACUUGUUGGAACAAUUGGAACGUCCAUCCUUCGAUCCAACACCACUCCACACGAAAAUAACUUUUUACUCAAAGCUAAUGCAGACAAUCCAACUGAGCCAAGUCGUGUUUGGACAUUAUUCAAUUUCGGAGCACACACUAGAGCAGACUUAGGUGCUUCUCAACAGGACCUUCGUGUUGGCCCCUCUAAUAAAUGUUCCGCCAACAUUCUUUCCACGGCAUUAAUAGCUGGAAUCCGCAAAGAAGAUAACGAUCGCUUAGGUCUAGUGGUUCAUGAAACUGCCAAGUCGAUGCUUUUCAACGCGAUUUCUAUUGAAAAUAAGUGUUCGAGACAGGCUCGCAUUAGUAUGUUACAGAUGCUUCAACUUUUCGUAAACAAAUUUGGUGCAGACAAGAAAACAUUUGAAGAUGGGAAACAACUUCAUGGCGUUAUGCUUGAGCUGGUCAAUGAAGCAGCAUCAAAGCCAGAUCUGGAAGCAUAUCAAAUAUACCAAGCCCUGGCUUAUUUUGCUGCGGCCGCAGUAGCAGCAUAUGAACCAUGUAGUACGGCACUCAUCGAUGCUAUGAUGCAAGGUAUUUCCGACCCAAAACGUGGUCGAAAGAUUGCCCGCAGUUUCGGAAUCCUGUUGGCUCCAUCGAACAUGAUGAACGAAAGUAAUUUCUGUAUUCUUCGUCCUCUUCGAUUCGGUCGCCUUUACAGCACCACUGUCAAUCAACUUAUCACUCUCUGGAGAUCCAAUGAAGACAGUCGUAUCAAGGAGAAUUAUCUCAUUGCCAUUGCUGGUAUCCUUCGAUAUAUGCCAGCGAAGAUCAUGCAAGGCAAUGCUGCACAAAUCCUUCCAAUUGCUCUAGCUGGUACAGACGUUCCGGAUAAGACCACGAAAGAUGCGAGCAUGAACAUUAUGAUCGUUCUAAUGCCGGAAAAUCCUGGUUUGAUUGAAGAACACCUUGAUUCAAUUAUCAAUCGAAUGACGGAUCGUACGCACAAUACGUAUGAUUCUCCCUCGGAUGCUAAUGUUGAGGGUAGAUCUAAGGCUUUGGAUGUGCUUGCUAUGCUUCCGACUUUGGUAGAGAAUGGACUGCUUCUGAAGCGGAAAAAUGCAGUACUGAAGGAACUUGAUGUCGCGUUGGAUGAUUGCUCGAGAGAGGUGAGAAUGAGAGCUGAUAGAUGUAAAAUGAUCUGGUUCAAUUUGUAA